UCCGUAUUCUUCAUCGUAUUCUAAUACCCACGUGCGACAACAUGGCCGGUGAAGGAGAGGAGAGUAUGAGCUCCGACCUUCAAGAAUACAAACCAGGGAACGAGCUACUGGUAGUGGACUGUACCAAAGGAUGGAGGGAGCUUACCUCCAUCGAGUAUCCGGGUAUUGUGGAGGAUGAAGAUAAAGCCAUGGAGACAAUGGGAGGGAUUGACACAAUUUGCAAAGCUAUUAGUGACGGUCAUAGACUGGAUGUCAGAGUCCGUCCUGAGUCAUUCUACAGUAAACCAGCACACGGUAAACCAAGGAGAACCUGUUCUUUGGCUAUUAAAAUACGAAGAGUAAAGAUGGCUGCCGGUUCAGAGGAUAAAGGAGAAGUAGUGUACGGAUAUACUGCAGAACUGAUGGGGUUAAUUAACACUGAAUAUAAGUUUAAUGGUAUGUUUGAUUUUCAAGUUAUUCCUCCUGGUCUUAGCACUGUCCAGCAUAAAGGAAAGACUAUACCUUAUGACCCAAUGGUAUCUAUGACAGAGUUGAUGGAUGAGUCUUGUUUCAAUAAAGAUGUCCCUUUGUUCUUACCUCCACUGUUCUUCUCAAAAAGUGACAAGCCAUUUCAGUUUGUUUAUAAAUCUGACAGCUUGAAACCUCAGCCUUCAAACACUUUGCAAUCUAGAUCAAGACGUCCAGGUCAAUCCAGACUAAAAAGACCCAAUUUCACUCACAGCAUAACAUUCACUGAAAAAGAAGUUCCGGAUGGACCACACCCAGAUUUACCAGCAUCAAAUCACCCAAAACUAAGGAUACUCAGACAGCUUUUUGAAGAAAAGCCGGUUUGUUCAAGAAUUGCAAUACAAGCUAAACUAAAGCUAUCAUCGUCUUCUUUAAGAACGCUGUUACCACAAGUGUCAUAUUACUUCACUAGUGGCCCUUGGAAGAAACUAUGGGUUAAGUUUGGUUAUGAUCCGCGGGCCAAUCCGUCCAAUAAAAUUUACCAGUCCAUAGAUUAUCGGGUCCCACGGUCUCUUGAGUUUGCCCUCGUUGCUCCAUCUUCCACUUACCGUAAGCUCCUGCGACCGUUGGGUGCUGGACAUGCAGCGAUUGAGUCUGAUCUAAAACCAGCUCUGAGUGAGGAGGAGAGUGUUAAAAUAGCUGAAGAGAAGAUGAAAGAAGGACCAGACGAGGACCUUGGUGAAUCUGCUUAUAUCUUCAAUCCUCAAGUGUAUCCAUCCCAGAGGCAGUUGCUAUACAUGCUUUGUGACAUAAAGGAGGAAACCAUUCAAUCAUACAUACACUCUAAUGAUGGCAAAGAAGACUCCUGCAAUGAGGUGACUGGUUGGUGUGAGCCUGGUUCUUAUGACAAGAUAAGGAAAAGACUCACUGAACUAAUACUUGGUAAAGCUAAGGGAGAAGGUCAUGAUGUUGAUGUGAAUCCUAGUGCAGUUGAACCUCAACAGUCCACAGUAGACACUGCAGAUGAAAUUGAGCCUUAAACUUCAAUCGUUUUGAUCUGAUUUUUAAUCUUUAUCCUAGCCUAAGUGCUUUAAUUACCUUAAUUAAUUGCCUCAUUAUUGAUUGCUGCAUGGUCCUCUUAUCCCAA